GCUUUCCAAAGCCCUCCUUAUUUCAUAGGUAGCUUCCUUCUUUUUUCCCUCCGAAGCCUCACCUUUUUUUCCUUUCCACCCCUCGCACAAGGCCUGCGAGAUUCACCUAGAGAAUAAUACUGUGUUAUCCGCAGCCAUGUCUAAGACAUUCACUCAGAGCGACGUCGCGUCGCACAACAAGGCCGAUUCCCUGUGGAUCGUAAUUGACGGUGACGUCUAUGAUCUCACCAAGUUUCAGGACGACCAUCCGGGCGGCAAGAAGAUUCUCCAGAGGGUUGCCGGCAAGGAUGCGUCCAAGCAGUUCUGGAAAUACCACAACGAGGGCAUCCUCAAGAAGUACCAGAAGCAGCUUCAAAUCGGCUCCCUAGACACCAAGCCCAAGCCCGCUGCUCCUCCCGCGCCGGCGCCCACCCCUAAGAAGGCGGCGCCCAAGCCCAAGGCUGCUGCCGCCGCUGCUGCCGCCCCUGCAGAGGAAGCCGAGGCUCUCGAGCCUUUCGGCCUGCAGAUUCCGUUCGCUGAUCCCAGCUGGUACCAGGGCCACCAUUCCCCGUACUUCAACGAGACACACGCUGCGCUCCGAGCCGAGGUCCGCGAGUGGAUCGAGACUGAGAUUGAGCCCCACAUCACCGAGUGGGAUGAGAAGAAGGAGGUCCCAGCCGAGAUCUACAAGGAAAUGGGCCGCCGCGGCUACCUAGCCGGCCUGCUCGGCACUCACUAUCAGAAGGACUAUGUCCAAAACCCUAUCAAGUCGGUCCCCCCCGAGAAGUGGGAUCUCUUCCACGAGAUGCUCCUCACCGACGAGCUCAGCCGGACCGGCUCGGGUGGUUUCGUCUGGAACGUCAUCGGUGGCUUUGGCAUUGGCUGCCCGCCGCUCGUCAAGUUCGGCAAGAAGUCGCUGGUCGACCGCAUUCUCCCGGGCAUCCUCAAUGGCGACAAGCGCAUCUGCCUUGCCAUCACCGAGCCCGAUGCCGGCAGCGAUGUCGCCAACCUGACUUGCGAGGCCAAGCUCAGCGAGGAUGGCAAGUACUACAUCGUCAACGGCGAGAAGAAGUGGAUCACCAACGGCAUUUGGGCCGACUACUUCACCACUGCCGUGCGCACCGGCGGCCCCGGUAUGAACGGCGUGUCGCUGCUGCUCAUCGAGCGCGAUUUUGGCGGCGUUUCGACCCGCCGCAUGGACUGCCAGGGUGUGUGGUCGAGCGGCACCACCUACAUCACGUUCGAGGACGUCAAGGUGCCUGUCGAGAACCUGAUUGGCAAGGAGAACCAGGGCUUCCGCGUCAUCAUGACCAACUUUAAUCACGAGCGCAUUGGCAUCAUCAUCCAGUGCCUGCGCUUCUCGCGCGUGUGCUUCGAGGAGUCGGUCAAGUACGCCAACAAGCGCAAGACGUUCGGCAAGAAGCUCAUCGAUCACCCCGUCAUCCGCCUCAAGCUCGCCCACAUGGCCCGCCAGAUCGAGGCCAGCUACAACUGGCUCGAGAACAUCAUCUACCAGUGUCAGAAGAUGGGCGAGACCGAGGCCAUGCUGCGCCUGGGCGGCCCCAUCGCUGGCCUCAAGGCGCAGGCCACCGUGACCUUCGAGUUCUGCGCCCGCGAGGCCUCGCAGAUCUUCGGCGGUCUCUCGUAUUCACGUGGCGGCCAGGGCGGCAAGGUUGAGCGCCUGUACCGUGAUGUCCGUGCCUAUGCCAUCCCUGGUGGCAGUGAGGAGAUCAUGCUCGACCUGAGCAUCAGGCAGAGCAUGAGGGUGGCCAAGAUGCUGGGUAUGAAGCUGUAGACGAAGUUAUGAGUUGGGCGCGUAAUACGGAAAAGGGAAAAGAGGAGAGGUUUUCUGGUUAGCUGUACCAGCUUGUGCAACCAUUGUUUGGUCGGAUUGGUUCUUACGGUGGUCAUAUCGGGGUUUAUUUUUUUAUUUUUCGACUCUUUCACGGUCGUUCUAUGUAGUAUGACAACAAUAGCAUCGCCGAUAGAGACUGGCGUAACGGAGAAGACUAUGGAUAGUUAACUGUCUUGAUCGUCGAUUCUUAUCCUUCUGCCUCUCGACAAACGCUUAUCACCGUGAUAGUGUGGAUAUCUGCGUGAUCCCAACCGAGUAUACGC